AUGGAUUUACCACCGCCACUAGAAAAUGCGAGCGAAGUCGUCCGACAAAUAAAAUAUAAAAAGACGCAAGCUCAGCAAGCCGCAGCUCAACAGACCACCAAUUCAACUCUUUUGGAAGCGGAAACUAAAAAAUUCGUUCCAUCUCUCAUCGCUAAAGAACUGCAGCCUACACCUACCGAAAAACCAAAAGAAAAACAAGAAGAAAAAACAGUCUCAAAGAAAACAGUCAAGAAAAAAGACAACGGGGGUUUUGCUGGUUUCAAAUCAGGGUUUUUAAUGUCCGGAAACGCGAAGAAAAAACCAACGCAAGCUAAAAAACCUCAGUCCUCCAAACCGGAAGUAAUCAAGCCAAAAGAAAAGAAGCCAGACAAUCCCCUCGUCAUGAAAGAUGUUCAAGAAGCGAUGAAUGAAGAAUUCCAAUCUGAAGAGUUUCUGAAUUCAUACAAUAAAAACGAAAAGCUCCUGAAACAAAUGGCAAACCCAAAAUUCGCACGAGCGAUAGAGUUUAUGGCCAAAGAUCCUGAAGCAGCAAAGAAAUAUUACAUGGAUCAUGACAGAAAAUGGUUCGAAGAAGAGUUUAUCAAGUUUUUCGGAGAGAAUAUGAACAUGAUGGGCGCUCAUGCUGAGAAAGCUGCCAAACGUGUAAUUCCUCAAGCCCCCCUUUCAAAGGCAAAAACCAACGACGAGAAAAAAAUGGAAGAAAUCCUCAGUCGGCCAGCUGUCAAAGAAGCUCUCUCGAAUCCAGCGAUGGGAGUUAUCGGAUUAUGGCGAAUUCUAGGGCCCGGGACUCCCAUUGACCCAGCAGAGCUUCGGCGGGAGCGACGAGCUCAAGCAGAAAAAGACAAAAUAAGCGCUAGAAAGAACCUCAUGUCAAAUGUCCUCAAGAUGCAUGCGUUGAAAACUGUAACCGACGAAGUAGUCACUCAGAAAGACAUUGACAAGGUGAUGAAAAAACUAGAAGCAGCGAGAGACGAAGACCCAGAGGACUUUGGCUUUGUCUCGUCGGAUUACAAAAAACCGGAGAUCGUGGAAUCAAGUGAGAGUGAAAGCGAAGAAACCAACGAGUUUGAGGAGCAAGAGAUGAGUGCUUUUCAGCUCUCUGUUCGAGAUAAUAUCCUUGGUGAGCUGGUCGAAACUGGAAAAGUCGAUACGAAAUCAAAGGCGUUCCAAAAUCUCCGAUACUCUGAUCAGCUUGGAAUUUUAGACGAAGUGCGCGACUCAUUCAAGUUUGAUCGAAGCUAUUUAACGGGUUAUAUUCACGAGAAAAAGAAAAAGGAACAAUCUCAAAAGUCACAAGAAGAACAAGACAAGGAAUUUUCACAGUACCAGCUUGAUGGGCUUCUCUCAAGGAAUAACAUUCGAAAAGAAAUAAGACGAGUGGAGGAUGAGAGCAAAAAGAACAAGCUAAGAGACGUGAUUGAAAAUUCGCAGGGAAAGCUUCGACAAGCCGGUCGGAAGUAUGCUCUUUUCGAACAAGAGGAAGAGGAGCCAAAAGAAAAGGUCGCCAAAUCGAUCUUCGAUCUUGAAGAUAAAAAAGAAGACAAAACUGGGACGCUUUCAGAAAGCUCUUCCGAAGAUGAAUUUGUCUCUGACGACUCAGAAUACGAAAUGACUCCUGAUGAAACGAUAAAAGUGCCUUGCACGAGUAGGCAGAAUAUUCUAGGGCUAAACUCUUCUACCGGCGACGUGGAGUCUUCCUCUACCUCGGACAUCGUCGACAUUGAAAUUCCAGAGUCGAUCCUAAAAAUGGCCCGCCUCGCCGCUGAGAAACGCGAAGCUGCGGCAAAGAUGGAGGCUGACUUCAAAAAUAAGAUCCUCGAGUCAAGUGACUCCAGCGAUGUGCAAUUUGUUCAUGGCGGGAAAGUGAGAAAGAGCGCGGCUGAUACUUUAAAAAGUGGUGAUACGCCUCAGCUGCCUUUGUGUGCAUUGAGAAAGUAUUUGGAGGAGUCUGAGGAUUUUGUUGAAGUAACAGAGGGCCAUAAAAUCGAACAAAUUGACGAAAAGAGUGAGCCUGAAUCAGAAGAUGUUUUUGUGAGGAAAGAGAGUUCAGCUUGGCAGAAAAAGUUUAGCCCAGAAGAAGAUGAGAGCACUCUUUCAACUACAGAAACUUUUGAUGAAGGCGAAGAAGCACCAAAAGAUGAAAUAAAGGAGAAAAAAGUAGAAAAUCAUUCACCGGAACUUUUAUCUGAUGAGUCCGGAGAAGGGAUCAAGGAAGAGAAGGAGCUUAUCAUUUCUGAAGAGUCAACUAUGGAGUCUGAUAAUAACCAAACUGAGACCAAGGAAGAAACUGCACAUGCUUAUUUCAACGCAUUUAUGAAUGAAGCUUGGGAACGAAUUUUGAGUGAAACGGUGCAAGAAGAAACUGAUUCAUAUGUUUCGGAUGUGCUUGUCGAAGAAUCCUAUGAAAUCGAAGUUAUUGAGGAAACCUUUUCCUCUAUUAUUCGCAGUUUUAUUGAGGACAUUACGGCUUUAUCGUUCGCAGACAAGAUGAAAUCUGAACAACCGCAUCAAGAAGCGAAACUUACCGAGCGUAUCGAGGACUUUACCGCUGCAAGCAUUCUCGAAGAAAAUGCAAUCCAGAUUCAAAAGCUUUCAUCGGCUGUAAAGCUGACUGCCAUCCCCAGCCAACAGCUUUAUAAAGACGCCGCGGAAAUGCUGACACUCUUCGGCUGCGGGGUUUUCUUUGCACCAGGAGAAGCAGAAGCUCAGUGUGCGGAGUUUGAGAUGAAUAGAAUCACUCAGGGAACAAUUACUGAUGAUGGUGAUACUUUCUUGUUCGGUGGUAAAGUGGUAAUAAAGGGCCUCACUCUUGGAAACAUGGUCCCUAUCAAAUACGACAUAGACGAAACUGAUUUUUCAAGAGAAUACUUGAUCGCUCUCGCCCAGCUAACAGGAUCUGACUAUUGUGGUGGCAUAAAAUCAGUCGGAAGCAAGACUGCUUUGAAAAUUCUUGAGGAAUUCGACGACCGACGAUCAGACGAUCCUCAUCUCACGUUGAAUACUUUCGGGAAAUGGUGGAAAACUCAUCACAAAAGCCUAACUACUGGAACAAACGGAAUUCCUCUUCGGUCGAAGCUGAAAAAGCUAAAUAUUGAUGCGGACUUUCCUUCCGAUAGAUCCAGACAUGCAUAUCUUUACCCGAAUGUCGAAAAACUCAAAGAUAAGAAAAUCCGGUUCACAGUCCCAGAUCUUGAAAGGAUUCGACGCUAUGCUUUGCGAAAACUCGAGUGGCAAGAAGAAAUGAUCGAUCAACAUAUUAUUCCAUUACUGCCAGAAAAAGUUGAAAAGCGGAAAGAUAUCCGUUUUUACAUGAACGCUAAAUAA